CAGAACCGGUUAGAACCGAACCGGCCGGUUUUCAAAAUUUUUUUGCCUAAACCGGACCAAAACGGACCGGUUAAAUAAUACCGGUUUCGAUUCCGAUUUGAGGUAAGAACCGGACCGAACCGGACCGCGCCCACCCCUAGUACAAUCUGCCAAUGAGAAAAAAUUAAAAAGGAAAAAACUUCGGUGAACUACAAAACUUUACUAUGGGCUACAUAAAUAAGCCCAAAAAUAGGGCUUGGGCUUCAUCAUUCAAUUUCCUUUGGGUCAAGAAGACGAAAACGGACCUACAAUUUCAAGUUCAAUACAAAUGGUAAUGUUGCAAUUCCAAGCAGCUCGCAAGGGCAAAUCCGUCACUGAGAAUUAAGCAACUACCACCACUGCGCUCUACAGCUUUGCCCAACCGUACCGUUAGAGCCUAACCGCAAGAACAUACCAACCAAUCAUGCACGACCACGUGUCUAUUUCUCAUUGGAACAGCAUGCCCAGCCUGCCGAUAUAAACCCGUCCCGUCACACUCGACUCACACAUUUCACAAAGCUUUUCCAUCAAAACUUUCCCGCCCUUUACACAGAGAGAGAGAGAGAGAGAGAGAGAUUUCAAUGGAGGCGAGUGUAGCUGUUGUUGCAGAGGAGCUCAAGGCCAUGGAGAUAGCGAAGCCUGUUGUUGUUGGUGAUGAUGGUGGCGAGGCCAAGAACGCUGCUACUGCUGAUAUCGCUGCUACUGCUGCUGAGUCUCAGAAGAAGACGAAGAAGAUGAACAAGAACCGAAUUCAUGUUUCCAACUCCAAGCGACCUUUCCUCUUCUACUGCAAUCUUGCCAAGAGGUACAUCAAGCAGUACAAUUCUGUUGAGCUCUUUGCCUUGGGCAUGGCUAUUCCUACUGUGAUCACAAUUGCUGAGACUCUCAAAAGGAAUGGACUGGCUGUUGAAAAGAAGAUAAGCACCUGUACUGUUGUCUCAAAGCUGGUGGAUGUUGAAAAUGGACGGAUUGUUCUCAAGGCUCAGAUUGCGAUUUUGCUGGAAAAAGCUGAGAAUAUAGAGGAGACCGCUGUUGCUGCAGCAUGAAGGCAUUGACUCAGAAAUUGAUUCCAUCUUUGGAUUUCAGAAAUUUCUUUUUUCAGUAAAGUUGGAGUUUGAGACAUAUGAUGAUGUAUAUGAGAUAGAUGAGAGAAACAAGAUUAGUCCUUUGCUUCACAAUGCAUGUUUUCUUACAUGCUCCUUGCUUUAUAGUCCCGUGUUCUGAGAUCAAAUCUACUGUUGACAAUAAAUAAUAUGGUGUUUACAGAGUUUUUUUUUUUCA